ACUUACUAGCAGGACCUCGGCUAAUUUUAAGACAGUCGUACUCAUUUAUAUCUUCUACUUUUUUGAUUUGACUUUGAUUUGAUGUUUCUUCAUAGUGGGAAAUAUUGAAGAAAAUUAGCUCCCAACUACGCUAUGGGAUGCUUAGCAAGAUGAAAACGCGGAUAUUAAUAUGUAAUCAACAGAAAGCGUAUUAAAGCGCAGAAUAACAACUGUUAUCGUCGCGUAUAUAUAAUUUAUUUUUCUUCUGUUAGUAAAAUAAACGAUCUUACACGAAAGACCGUGAAGGCAGCACAGUGGGAGGGAGCCUGAGCAACAAUUUUAAACGAGCGAUACGAAGAGUUCCGCUGGAGACGCCUUGAAACACGGGACGUACCACCGGCAAGCUGCUGCCAUGUUUCUGCAAAAAGUUCUGCUUUAUUUGUCGACAGCAUGUAUGUUUUGCUACAUGUUGGGACUGUUUCUCAUGCUGGCGAUAUUGCAGUUUUUCUCACCAAGCCUUGCGAAGAAGUUCAUACUUCGCAUGGGUGAAAAGAUCACCAUGACCCAGAAUCCCAGGUUUAACUAUGAGGAUUGGGGUCUGACAUUUAUGUCCUUGGCAUUUAUUAAAACUGCUUCUUUUCACAUGUGGCUGUCUCUCGGAGAAGAGGCGUUUGUGGGCGGAGACGCUCCAGACUCACCUGUGGUCACUAUGGACCGCGAGAAAACCAGCAUCUCCAAGUAUCUAAAAGGCAACAGAGCGCUUGUGCUGAGUUUUGGAAGUUGCACCUGACCCCCGUUUAUGUAUAAACUUGAUGAGUUCAAGCAACUCGUCAAGGACUUCAGCGAUGUAGCCGACUUCCUUGUGAUCUACAUCGCAGAGGCUCAUUCAACAGAUGGUUGGGCCUUUAAGAACAACUAUGACAUCAACCAGCACCAGAGCCUGGAGGACAGGCUGUCUGCGGCACAGGUCCUGGUUCAGAGUGAACCCCUGUGUCCUGUGGUUGUGGAUGAAAUGACUGAUGUCACCACCAUAAAGUACGGAGCUCUGCCUGAGAGGCUUUACGUUCUGCAGGCUGGGAAAGUGCUCUACAAGGUAAGACAGGUGCAAAACCGGCAAUUUCUCGAAUAGUUUCUUUCCGAGCUGCUAAUUGAUGAGUUGUUUUUAGAGAGCAACGAGGGCAAAUUCUUUCACUUUUCACUCACUGCUUCUCUCAUGCAAU